AUGCAGUGGUUAUGUCAAUUGAUAGCAUUUUUACUUUGUACUAUCAACGUUGUCGAUGUUUCGGUGGCGACGCCAUCGCCGUCGUGUUCAAAAGAGGGGGAUGAGAAGGUAUUUUUUCCUGUCCACCAUCUUCUAGAUCACUUAGAACAACGAAAACGUAAUGUAGAUGUUACGGAUAGGGGUGCUGCAUCUGGACGUAGACCAUCUCGUUGGUCACUUAGAGAAGGGGGCAGAACUCAAAAUGGGCGCCGUCCAAGAUAUGAUUACGGAAGACAACGAUCACCAAUAAGGACGGGCAAAAGUGGUAACAGUAAAUAUGCCGUGUCGAGAGCGAGACGCUCUUCGUCCUCCGGGAUAGAAGGCGGGUUUAACAUUGUCGAUGGGCCUCAUCAUGGUGGUGCUUUACCACAAACUGCAAUUCCAAGCGUCAAAAAUGUUAACUUUGAACCUUCAAACAUUCAUCUAUCUCCAUCUUCCGCUAAUAUGAAGAGAGAGUUUGAAAUUAUUCCAGUCAUACCUUUGACCGACGCCAAGAUUAAACCCAAGUCACGGUAUGAAAAUCCUGCGACUCAUUAUGUUUUAGUGCCGAAGGUUGUUGAUUACACAAAAUAUGCUGCGGUACUGGAUAAGGAUGGUAAUAGCCAAAAUGGUGCGGUGACAGCCACAUUGCCAUCUACAUCUCCAAAAGAGGGAGGCAGAAAUGACCCGCUUGAAGGCCAACACGGGGUUGACGAUGUACAGCUACCAAGGCCAAAGCAACUAACAAAUGGUAAUAACGAUGAAGGUGAAAAUGUGAAAACAUCUAGAACUUAUCCAGGAGAAAUUGGCAAAGCAAGAUCAUUCUCAGCCGACAACCUUGCUAGAAUUAGCAAAUCUUGCGAACUCGCACAAGAACUCCGUAGCAAUAUUAUUAAUCAUGUUGAACGAUGUGGUCAAGAACCUGUACCUCUGCGAGUGCGCAAAAUAUGCGGGAGCUGCUGCAAGAAAAAGAGGGCAGUGACCUAA